CACUCACUGUCUCCGACCGGUUAAUUUGUCAUCUGUGUCUUGCUCCUUUCCUCUGUAAGAUCUCUGUGUCUCUCUUACAAUGCAAUCAGCUAUGGCGCUUUCGUUUUCCCAGACGUCGUUUACAAGACCGAACCACGUGCUCGGAUCAACUGCUUCCGUUUUCUCUACGCCUAAGAGUCUCCGGUUCUGCGGACUCCGCCGGGAAGCGUUUGGUUUCUCUCCGUCGAAUCAGUUGGCUUUGCGCAGUGACCGAAUCCGAACUCAGAGUAGUGGAUUCCAAGUCUCCGCUUCUGCUUCGAGUAAUGGUAAUGGUAAUGGUGCUCCUCCCAAAUCUUUCGAUUACGAUUUGAUCAUCAUCGGAGCUGGAGUUGGCGGCCACGGAGCUGCUUUGCAUGCUGUUGAGAAGGGACUUAAAACUGCCAUCAUUGAAGGAGAUGUUGUUGGAGGGACUUGUGUUAACAGAGGAUGUGUGCCUUCUAAAGCUCUUCUUGCUGUUAGUGGUAGAAUGCGGGAACUUCAGAACGAACAUCACAUGAAGUCCUUUGGUCUCCAGGUUUCAGCUGCUGGAUAUGAUCGUCAGGGUGUGGCUGACCAUGCUAAUAACCUGGCUACCAAAAUUCGAAACAAUCUCACCAAUUCAAUGAAGGCACUUGGUGUUGACAUAUUGACAGGAUUUGGCAGUGUUCUGGGACCACAAAAGGUUAAAUAUGGGAAGGACAAUAUUAUUACUGCAAAGGAUAUCAUCAUUGCCACUGGGUCUGUGCCGUUUGUUCCUAAAGGAAUUGAAGUUGAUGGAAAGACUGUUAUCACCAGUGACCAUGCCUUGAAAUUGGAGUCUGUCCCUGAUUGGAUUGCAAUUGUCGGAAGUGGUUAUAUUGGUCUUGAGUUCAGUGAUGUUUACACAGCACUUGGAAGCGAGGUAACUUUUAUUGAAGCAUUGGAUCAGCUAAUGCCUGGAUUUGAUCCUGAGAUCAGUAAGCUAGCUCAGAGGGUUUUGAUAAAUCCAAGAAAGAUUGACUAUCAUACUGGAGUCUUUGCAAGCAAAAUUACUCCGGCAAAGGAUGGGAAACCAGUUUUGAUUGAGCUUAUUGAUGCGAAAACCAAGGAACCUAAGGAUACUUUGGAGGUAGAUGCUGCUCUUAUUGCUACUGGAAGAGCUCCAUUCACCAAUGGACUUGGCUUGGAAAAUGUCAAUGUUGUGACGCAGAGAGGUUUCAUACCAGUUGAUGAGCGAAUGCGUGUGAUCGAUGGAAACGGGACUCUGGUUCCCAACUUGUACUGCAUUGGUGAUGCCAAUGGUAAAUUGAUGCUUGCACAUGCAGCUAGUGCCCAAGGAAUAUCUGUGGUCGAGCAAGUCAGCGGCAGAGAUCAUGUGCUUAAUCAUCUUAGCAUCCCAGCUGCCUGCUUUACUCAUCCUGAAAUCAGCAUGGUGGGAUUGACAGAGCCUCAAGCGAAAGAGAAAGGUGAGAAAGAAGGAUUUAAAGUUAGUGUUGCCAAGACAAGUUUCAAGGCUAACACAAAGGCCCUAGCUGAAAAUGAAGGAGAAGGAAUAGCAAAGAUGAUAUACCGACCUGACAAUGGGGAAAUCCUAGGAGUUCAUAUAUUUGGACUGCAUGCAGCUGACCUUAUCCAUGAAGCUUCCAAUGCGAUAGCUCUAGGAACACGCAUUCAGGACAUAAAAUUGGCAGUUCAUGCACAUCCAACACUGUCUGAGGUCCUUGACGAACUGUUCAAAGCAGCCAAGGUUGAAAGUCAUGCUACGACAAGGACAGUAAGUGAUAAAGUGGCUGUAUAAUAAAAAACCAAAAACUUAUUGGGGGAGGAAACAUCUUGAAGAAAGAAAAUUUGUGGUUGUACUUUAGGGAGAUGCAAAGAUAAAGCUAAACGCAAACCAAGAGGAUCUAAGAAGAAGAAACAGAAGAGGAGAUGAUGAGAAAGAACCUUCACUUAGUGAAGACAAAAAAGAUAUAUCAACAAGGCCUUCUUCUUUCUUUGAGAAUAUAUAUGUUGAAGUCUUGUCUCUUCUUUCACGUAUAUUUGUUUAAUUGUUUCAUGGUUUCGAUUAGUAGAGCCUGAGAUUGUGCUUUUGAUUUUUGUAUGUUUGUUUUUGAAGUGAGUAAUCACUUUUGGAUGAUU